UGUGAGAUUGCUCCAUAAUUACAUUUUUUUUUGUGACUUGCCGGGAAUUGAUUAAUCGAUCCAGUUUAUUUUUAUUUUUUCUCCUCGUUUCCUUUAUGUUUUCGUCUAGAAGAGGUUUAUUUCUGUUUGGUUUCCAGCCCGCCCCGUCGUCUGACAUAUUAUGGGCCUAACUAAUUCGUCCCUUCAUACAACACUACAGAACACACCACCACUUAUCCAUCUCUCAAGUCGUUGGAUCCAAGCUUCCCCGGCUGGUGGGCUCCAGGCGGAUGUUCGGGCGGUCGGCAUAGCCGGCAACGUGUCUCGCCUCAUUAGACAAGUGAGUUUUCCCAAAGGGGAGAAGAGAAUAAGCAAAUCUAACCCUUGCCUGCACUCUUGUGCCUGGUUUUCCAACCACCCUUUCGCGCCAGGCGGUUGAGGAGGCUUGCGCGUCCGCCUGUCAGAACCCACUUUCCAAAGUCUCUGG